GUACAUACUCAAACCACGUUUCCAGAUGCACGAUCUUCAUGUCUCCGUCAAGAUCGGCGACGGUCACACCCUCGAUGUCGAUAAUUCCGUCGUGUGCCUUUGCCAUCACCUUUUCUCCGUUACUAGACGUGUCAGUCCCCACCUACAGACCUGUACAACCUACGUAACCCACCAGUUGAAAGCGAUAUAAUCAUUCUUCAUCCAUCCCCAAUGACGCCAGCGGAAUGCCACCUUGGGUGGCCCACUGUACACUUCCAAGACUUCCCAGGCAAACGUAGGCAUCAUCCGCUUGAACGUCUUGUGGCUGACGGAAAAAUCAUUAUGCUCCGGUGAGUAGUACUCGCUUGGUGGUAAAAUGGCAUUGUACGUGCCCUGCUUCAACAUGUAGUCUACCGAGGAGCGCUGCUUGCCGUUCAUCGAAAACGAAUAUCGCUCCUGAUUGAUUGUACGCCAGUCCUCGAGCCGUGUUUUGAACGAAGCCUCUAUUUCCCAAUUCUUCACCAGAUUCUCGACUAGUCUGACUCUUUCUUCUCGCGUGAAGUGUAGCAUUGGAAGGGAUAGCGCACUCUCUUCAUAAACCUUUCGUGUCUUCGUAUAGUCCGGCUUCUUGCCAAACCUCCAGAUGGACGAGUCGUCGUUCAGAACGGCGUUCGGAUCGGUAUAAAAGUCGGGCAGGGCUGGCUUAGAUUCAGCCUUACCCGAUGCUUCCUGUACAUCCGCCAUAUUCUUCUUGCUUCGAGCAAAAGUCAGCAGAGAGUGCGGAAUUGAGAUUAUGCCGGUAAAACCGUCAGAGAAAACUCGCAGCAAAGACCCCAGGCCGCGACUGAUAAUGGUGGUCAAGCGGUCCAUGGUAUUUCUCUUAUAUUACGCCCCCGUACUCUGAAAGUGGAAAAAGCAACGAAAAUUGCAUCAGACGGCUGUCAGUGCGUGGACGGGGAAAAUAGGAAGGAGGAUCGAUGCUUCAAGAACUUAAGGUCAGUGGCGUCUACACUGGCAUCUUCAGACAAGCAUGGCGACAUUCGUGCGACCGUGGGCCCAAAGCUAAAUGGUAUAUGAGGCAUGCGAGGUGCACGUCCUCGCCUUUACACCGUGAGCUUGGUACAAUCUGGAUCCUUUCGGACAUGGGGACAUAUCUAGGCAGAGACGGUCGGUAGAGGAUUGCCAACAAUAAGACGAUGGCAUAUCAUUUUUAUCGCGUACGAUAUCUCAGGGUGCGGAACCACAUCAGGUCGUUGGGUGCACAUAGAGAUACAUUCCUACAGUCUCGAGCUGCCUUCCAUUCUCACCGGUGCUCUCUGUUCGGCGCUCGCAUUGUCCACAGGUUGUUUCAUAACGGGACGACAGCAAACGAGGCUUACGCUGGGUUCAACGGUCGAGAAACCUUAUCGACAAACGGUCAGGCAGAGGCAGCGCUCUUCCCGGCGCCUACGCGAGCUGCGUCUCACCUGCGGGUCGCAACGGUAACGGGAUGGAGGCAACACCAGGUUUGAUUGCUACCCUUCCUGGCAAUCAAACAACCCGUUCUUUGGGCCGUCUGCGCUAUAUGCGCAUGCGCGAAGUUAGCAAAGACUUCCCGGCACGUGAAGUCGGCGUUAGGUGAAACGGGGUCUUAAAAAAGAAUCAAAAAAAAGUAUAUACUUUCUCUUCAGAC